AGAGAACUGGCAGGUAAAUUAAUCCCAACACACCUCUCUGCUCACUCCGACCACAAGCACAACGGAAAUGGUAAACAAGGUGGAUAUCAGCCCAGAGCUAUACGAUGAAGAUGCAUCCUCCGGGUCUCUGGGAUGUUUCGGUUGGUGUCUGUACCUUACAUCUAUGUUUUUCGUGCUCGCCACAUUCCCUGUUUCAAUAUUCAAGUGUGUUACGAUAGUGCAGGAGUACGAGCGAGCCGUACUUUUCCGUCUCGGUCGCAUAGUGGACAAGAAGCCAAAGGGACCAGGGCUGUUCUUCGUCAAUCCAUGCACAGACAAGUUCACCAAGGUGGACCUAAGAACUGUCUCCUAUGACAUCCCUCCACAAGAGAUUCUGACCAAAGACUCUGUGACCGUGUCUGUGGACGGAGUGGUCUACUACCGGGUCCACUGCCCCAUGUUGUCCGUGACCAAUGUGAAGGAUGCGCACCACGCCACAAAGCUGCUGGCCCAGACCACCUUGAGGAAUAUCCUGGGGACCAAGAAACUGGCGGAACUCCUGUCGGACCGCGAGGGCAUAUCACACGACAUGCAGGGGUCCCUGGACGAAGCGGCACACCAAUGGGGCAUCAAGGUGGAGCGGGUGGAGAUUAAGGAUGUCAAGCUGCCCCACCAGCUGCAGCGGGCCAUGGCAGCGGAGGCAGAGGCCAGCCGCGAGGCCAGAGCUAAGGUGAUCGCAGCAGAGGGGGAGAUGAACGCGUCGCGUGCCCUCAAAGAAGCGUCGCUGGUCAUGGCCGAGGCCCCGGGCGCCCUGCAGCUGCGCUACCUGCAGACCCUGAACAGCAUCGCGGCCGAGAAGAACUCCACCAUCAUCUUCCCCCUGCCCAUUGACGUCAUGGCGCACUUCAUGAACAGGAAGUGAAGCUGCGUAUCAUCGUGUUAAUGGUGACACGUUAUACCACCAGGCCUGAGGGGGAUUAGCCGUUACAAGCCGUUUUGCAAAAUCUGCCUCUUCUGACAUCACAAGUGGGCGUGUCCACCGCCCACUUGUGAUGUCAGACGAGGCAGAUUUUCAAAACGCUUUGUAACGGCUAAUCACAGUCACACCUGGUUGUAUAAUAUGUCAGCUUAAUUAUUUAACAAGCUACGCUUAGUGUUUUGUAGCUUGAAUGUGAGUCUGUUGAAUCGUAAGACGCUUAUCAUUUCCUUAAACCUGCUGAUAUUCUUAGCUGUGCCACUUUU